AUGGUUUGUAAGAGACAUUUAUCAAAUACACAACAUCGCGCAUCUUCUGAAAAAAAAAUUUGGAUUCGUACUCAAACUCAUCUCGAUCAGUUUAUAGAUAAAACCAUUACAACUAGUCUAAACAUUAUGAAUGCCAGCAUAUAUUUACAAUCAUUUGGAUGGAAAGAAGGAGAGGCAUUAAAGAAGGGAGGGUUAAAAAAACCAAUUUUAGUAAAGCAUAAGAAAGACACCAAAGGAUUGGGCCAUGAUACCAAUGAUUCAGAUAUGUGGUGGGAAAAACUAUUUGACGGUCAGUUAAAGAACUUGGAAGUCAAUAACAAUAAUAAGAAUGGAGGAGUUUCAUUCGAAACAAAUGAAGAAAAAGUGGUCGAUGCAUUUCAAAAAUCAAUAUCUCCUUUGUAUAAAAUGUUUGUGAAAGGUGAAGGGUUAGCAGGCACUGUGGGGAAAACAGACCAUACAAAGGAGAGUCAUAGAGAAAUAUCUUCAUCCAAAGCAUUAGAAGACAUGGAAAAACUUACAAAUAAAGAUACUUUCCUGGAAAACAUUAAAGACAAUGCUAGUUCCAGCGACGAAAAGGAUAGGAAUAAGAAGAAGAAAUCAGAAAAGAAAACAAAGGACGGGAAGGAAAGUAAGAAAAGUAAACAUGGCAAACUGAAAGUGGAUUCAAGCAGUAAAAUUGAUAAAGAGAAGAAGAAAUCUAAGAAGAAAUCUAAAGACGGUAUACUAUCAAAGGAGAAGAAGCGACUGAAAUCAAGUAAAACGAAGAAAGAUAAAGAUACGACUUCAAGCAAAGACUCUAAGAAAAAGAAGAGAAAAUCUGAAAGUAAUGAUGAAACAACAAAAUCAAAGAAACGAAAGAUAUAA